AUGGCUGACCCGGCUGCGGGGCCGGCGCCGAGCGAGGGCGAGGAGAGCACCGUGCGCUUCGCCCGCAAAGGCGCGCUCCGCCAGAAGAACGUGCACGAGGUGAAGAACCACAAAUUCACCGCCCGCUUCUUCAAGCAGCCCACCUUCUGCAGCCACUGCACCGACUUCAUCUGGGGCUUCGGGAAGCAGGGAUUCCAGUGUCAAGUUUGCUGCUUUGUUGUGCACAAGCGGUGCCAUGAAUUUGUCACAUUCUCCUGCCCUGGCGCCGACAAGGGUCCCGCCUCUGACGAUCCCCGAAGCAAACAUAAGUUCAAGAUCCACACAUACUCCAGCCCCACGUUUUGUGACCAUUGUGGGUCCCUGCUGUAUGGCCUCAUCCACCAGGGAAUGAAGUGUGACACCUGCAUGAUGAAUGUGCACAAGCGCUGCGUGAUGAACGUCCCCAGCCUCUGUGGCACUGACCACACGGAGCGCCGUGGCCGCAUCUAUAUCCAGGCCCACAUCGACAGGGACAUCCUCAUCGUCGUAGUAAGAGAUGCUAAAAACCUUGUACCUAUGGACCCCAAUGGCUUGUCGGAUCCCUACGUAAAACUGAAACUGAUUCCCGAUCCCAAAAGUGAGAGCAAGCAGAAGACUAAAACCAUCAAGUGCUCCCUCAACCCCGAGUGGAACGAGACGUUUAGAUUUCAGCUGAAAGAAUCGGACAAAGACAGAAGACUGUCAGUAGAAAUUUGGGAUUGGGAUCUGACCAGCAGGAAUGACUUCAUGGGGUCUUUGUCAUUUGGCAUUUCUGAACUGCAGAAAGCUGGUGUCGAUGGCUGGUUUAAGCUGCUGAGCCAGGAGGAGGGUGAAUACUUCAACGUGCCCGUGCCGCCCGAGGGCAGCGAGGGCAACGAGGAGCUGCGGCAGAAGUUCGAGAGGGCCAAGAUUGGUCAGGGGACAAAAGCUCCAGAAGAAAAGAUGACUAACACCAUAUCCAAAUUUGACAACAAUGGCAACAGGGACCGGAUGAAACUGACCGAUUUCAACUUCCUGAUGGUGCUGGGGAAAGGCAGCUUUGGCAAGGUCAUGCUCUCAGAGCGGAAAGGCACAGACGAGCUCUAUGCUGUGAAGAUCCUGAAGAAGGACGUGGUGAUCCAGGACGACGAUGUGGAGUGCACCAUGGUGGAGAAGCGGGUGCUGGCCCUGCCCGGGAAGCCACCUUUCCUGACGCAACUCCACUCCUGCUUCCAGACCAUGGACCGCCUGUACUUUGUGAUGGAGUACGUGAACGGGGGAGACCUCAUGUACCACAUCCAGCAAGUUGGCCGGUUUAAGGAGCCUCAUGCUGUAUUUUACGCUGCAGAAAUCGCCAUCGGUCUGUUCUUCUUGCAGAGCAAGGGCAUCAUUUACCGCGACCUAAAACUUGACAACGUGAUGCUGGAUUCUGAGGGGCACAUCAAGAUUGCUGAUUUUGGCAUGUGUAAGGAAAACAUCUGGGAUGGGGUGACAACCAAGACCUUCUGUGGCACUCCAGACUACAUAGCCCCCGAGAUAAUUGCUUAUCAGCCGUAUGGGAAGUCCGUGGACUGGUGGGCAUUUGGAGUACUGCUGUAUGAAAUGUUGGCUGGGCAGGCGCCCUUUGAAGGAGAGGAUGAGGAUGAACUCUUCCAGUCCAUCAUGGAACACAACGUGGCUUAUCCAAAGUCCAUGUCCAAGGAAGCUGUGGCCAUCUGCAAAGGGCUGAUGACCAAACACCCGGGCAAACGUCUGGGUUGUGGACCCGAAGGCGAACGUGACAUUAAAGAGCAUGCAUUUUUCCGGUAUAUUGAUUGGGAGAAACUUGAACGCAAAGAGAUUCAGCCCCCAUAUAAGCCAAAAGCUUGCGGACGAAAUGCUGAAAACUUCGACCGGUUUUUCACCCGCCAUCCACCCGUCCUAACACCUCCUGACCAGGAAGUCAUCAGGAAUAUUGACCAAUCAGAAUUCGAAGGAUUUUCCUUUGUUAACUCUGAAUUUUUAAAACCUGAAGUCAAGAGCUAA